UUCAAAAAUUUACAUUCUAUAGUCGAAUCAUUCAAACCUGAUUACGUUCUAUUGGUGCCAUUCAUUUGUUGAAAAUGGAGGCGUGAUGGAUGUGAAUUUGUCGCAGGUCUUCAAUUUUCAAGUUAGCGGUAGUGAGGUUUUUAGGGUGUAACAUGGCUGGUAACAAAGUGAAUACAAAAUCAAAGGGAAAAGAAGAUAAAAGCAAAUCAAACAAUAGAGGCAAUGGACAAACCAAUGAAGAAAAUGAACUCCCAGACUAUGCCUUACUCAGAAAACCUAUCUUGACCAGUAUCACUAGUUUUGGUCAAGCAAGAAAAAUAUUUGACUUAGCUACUGAAGAGCUUAAAAAUUUACUAUCUAAUGAGUGUGAUAUUUUGUAUGAAUGCAAAGUUUGCCGAAAUAUAUUCAGAAGCCUAGCAAACUUUGUAUCUCACAAACGUGUUUACUGUAAAGAAAAGUUCAGUACCACAAUUCAUGGACACUUUGUUAAGGCUACCUCAGCACUGAAAGAAUUGAUGAAAAUAAAACAUUUAGAGGAAGAAUAUCAAGAGUCCUUGAAAGAAUCUGUAACAGAAGAUGCUGAACAAAGUGAUAGCGAUGAAAGGAUUCCACUUUCAAAAGAUUUAACUGAAAUUGUUGAAAAAAUUGCACACAAGAACAAGUGCAAAAAUAAAUCUGAAGAAACUCAGGUUGUCUUACAAAAAAUACCAAAUAGCUCAGUUGCUGUUUUCCAAACGGUUGAAGAAGAUGAGAGCAGUCAAAAUGAUAAUAUUCAAAAGCAGGUUAAAGAAAUUGAGAAAAUAACAUCGAGAGACGUAGCUGUACUUCAAAGUGAUGGUAACUUUACAAUACAAAGGUCCAUGCCUCAUAACACAGAGAAUGUCAUACAGAUCAGUGAUGAUGAAAAUGAUGACACUGGAGUGCUUAAAUGUAAAACAUGUGAUCUACAAUUUUCUACACUAAAAACACUUAAGUUUCACAUGAAGUACAAACACUUAGAAAGUAGACUUGUAUACCCAUGUCCGGAUUGUUUGGAAAUCUUUUCUACUUCAUGGAGUGUUUAUAGACAUCUGUUUAAAGUACACAGAAAAACUGCUGCUCAAAUAAGAAGAUUACGAGAGUCGAUACAGUCCAAAGCUUUUAGAAUGAAUAAUCCUCCUGCAUCCUAUGAGAGACGCAAGAAUAACGCAAAAGCUGCUGCUGCUAAUAAAAUUACUGAGGAGGAAAGAAUAGACCAAGAGAAUCAGGCGUGGAUGGAUAACAUGGAGGGCGACGGAGAGGUGCCGCGGUGCGGGGGCUGCGGGCGCGCGUUCGAACGUCGCGCUGCGCUCGCCGCGCACACGCACACCUGUCUCACUCGCACGCGCGCGCUCGCCGCCAUCCGUCGCACCGACCGCGCAGACUCUAAACGCAUCGAGAUCCAGAUCCGCAAGGACUACAAUAAGGGAGAGCCUUCGAUCUUCCAACUGCCUCUCAAACCGGUCGACGCUGACGAAAACAAAGUCGUUGUCCGAGACGAAGCAAAAGAAGAAAUAAACGGUUCCAAAAGUCCGCAAAUCGAAGAACAAGAAAAGGAAGAAGAAGAAGAGGAGAAGGAAGCCGAUGAAUCUAUGGAGGUCAGCGAAGAAGAACGCGAGCCCUCAGAGUCUCCGGAGAAAACAGAGGAGCGACCGCGGAAUGUCACUCCGGAACCAAUAAUUCGACUUCCUUUCGCUCAACAUUUGGAAAAAAGUAAUCUCAUGGCAUUAAAACAAAAGAUAAAACCGCAUAUCGAAAUGGACAGCUUACUUUGUAAAAAGUGCGAGACGAAAUUCAAUAAUGCACAUGAGCUUUUCGACCAUGCCGCAUCACAUCAUAAUUGGAUGAGAUAUGCUUGUAAAUUAUGUAACUUUAAACACUACUGCUUUGAAAACUUACCGGAACACGUAAAAGUGGUCCACAAGUUGAAAGGAGAUAAAGAUUUCGUUUAUAGUACUGUAAAGGCUAUAAACGGACCUGAAGCCUUGGAAAUGUGUAGAAUCGAGGAAGAUUCAAAUAUUUCAAAUGACACCAGCCCUGAUUCUAGACGACCCAGUAGAUGUUCCAGUGAUUCGAGUCGAUUAUCUGAUGACAGCUCUUCAAGUAGUACUCGCGUUGAAAUAGGAACCAGGAAACGUAAAUUACAUCACAGUAAAAUACAAAGGAGACGUGAACCUACAAUAAUUGAUAAUGACGAAACAAAAGAGAAAGAAUCAAACACUGGAGAAAAUGUUUCUCCUAGUAAAAUAAUUGAAGAAAAUUCAUCAGAUAUUGACGAUGCUAGUGAAAACUUAUCUAAAAAACAGAAGAUUGUAACAACAACCGUAGCUUCACGAAGACCAGUCCGUAGAAGAACCAAACGCAAAAACGAAGAUUUUGAAUAUGACUUAUCAAAUUUAUUGAAAAUGGAAGCGCAAGGUUAUCGAGAUUCCCAGUCUGUAGUUACAACUAAGGCGAAUCAAACGAAGAAAAAGAUUCAAGAACCAGCUGUGAACUACGAUAGUUUCAACAAAGAAUGCUCCGGUGCAUUUCUGUUGUUGUGUAAAAAAUCUGUAGAAAAAUCUGCAGCACACAUGAAAAUAACAAAUUUUCCCGUUGUUGUGAAUGUUCAAAAAGAAAGACGUCUAUCAAACAUUUUCGUGCGACCUUUAUUACCGAAAAGCGUGCCUAAAAAUGAUAAAACAUCACCCAAAAAAGACAAAGAGACUGAUUCUAGUCCCACAAUUGAAUCUGUUUUCUACAAAUCAAAAGACGAUGGUGCUAAAAUUACUGAAAAAGGAAAUUUAAACCAGAAAGAGUCUGUAGAAAUCACAAAUUCAAAUAAAGAUCAACAAAAUGUAACAUCAGAAUUAUCCAAAAACAGUGUAAAUGUACCUCCUCUUUUGCCGGUAAAAUUUAGAAGACAGAGUUUAGAAGUAAUAAAUAACCCUUUAAUUAAUAAAAAUAUAAAAGAUUUUACAAAAGCCGGAAUGAAAACUAAAAUACUAGUGAUCAAACCGAUUAAAAACCAAGACAGUGCAAAAGGAAUUAACACACCUUUAAAGUUCCAAACAAUUAAAUUAAAGGAUGCAAAUAAACAGAUCCCUGGUGAAGAAAAAAUGUCUGAUCAGGUAGUAGUAGUAAAAGUUCCUAAGGUUCCCGAGUGUGCCUUACCUAGACCAACGGCAGAAUUAGCAUCAGUUAAUGAAAUUGCGCCGGUUAUUCCUAAUUCAACUACUAGUUCGGACAAGAGUGAUGAUAACAAAAAUAUUUCUCCUAAUAAUUUCGAUAAAGAUACAGUUUUGAAGAUAGGUGAAAGCAACAAUAAAAUUAGUUCAAUAGCAGAUACAAAAUGUGCUAAACAAAGUGAUGAUUGCAAUAUAGAUAGUAGUAAUACUAAUAAUACAAUUAGUAAACAGAAUGAUCUUGUUAAAGUUGUGAGUGAGUCUUCUAAAUUAUAAUAAAUUGCUUUUGCACAAAUUAGUGUUGAUUUAGGUUCAUUUCUUUCAGAAGUGAUAAAUGGCUCAUUUUUGUUAUAUGUCAUCAUCUUGUAAAUAUAAAUAAACAUGU